GUUCCGCCGCAACUGGUUCGGUGGCGUGCGCAUCAUGGAGCAGGGAGGGCCGGGAGCUGCCGAGGGACCCCAUCCCCCAGACGCCCGCGGCGGAAGAGCCCGAGGCGGUCGCGGCUGGCCUCGCGAGGGAGCGCGCCGCUCGCGAGGAGGACGCCGCGCGGUGUCCUCCUCUGGCGCUGCAGCUGGCGCUGCUGACGCGCCAGGAGGAACGCGGUCGCUGGCGCCGCUGGAGGUCCUGCGGAUGUCGGGGUCCCGGGCGUCGCUGCUGUGCGCGACGAAGCGGCAGUCGCCACCGCCGACCUGGCGGACGUGA